GACGCCAUUUACAGGAGAGGAUCAAAGACAGGAUGGCACAAACUGGAGAUGAUUGCUACUUCUUCUACUACUCUGCAUGUACAAAGGGAGUUAGUUGCCCAUUCCGCCAUGUGGAGGCUGCUCUAGGAUGUGAGGUGAUGUGCACCCACUGGCAGGCAGGGAACUGUAUAAGGCCGGGAUGCAAGUUCAGACAUAUGGAAAUCAAGGUUGACAGAAGCAACAUACCAUGCUACUGGGAGUCUCAGCCCACAGGAUGUACCAAGGCACAUUGUGCUUUCAAACAUUUCAAGACUAAGGAUCUGGACACAGUACUUUCUACAUGUUCAACAGACAUAGCUGCACCUAGGGAAAGCAAGACAGUGUCGUUACAUACUGGCCUCCCUGAUACUGAAGUGGGGACACUACGGACCACUGCAUCUCAGCAGAACAGAGCUAGUCCUAAGAUUGAACCAGUUGUUGUCAACCCAUUUGAAGAUGAUUCUGAUGUGGAGAGCACUUCUGGGUCUCCUCAGAAGAAGGCUCUUCUGCUGAAGAAAAAUGUUGUUAGAGUAUCAGCCCCAGUAACGAGCAAGGCCUCUGUGAAGGUGACAUGCAAACCAGUUGCUGCUUCGGUACUGAUGACAAAACCAACAGGGUUGAAGAGGAAGAUUAAAUUGAUUGAGAAAGAUGUUACUCCUGAUGAUAGUGAUGGACAAAACGAUACAAGGCAUUCAGUCUCCGACAGUGAUCUGUUGAAAGAGUCGGCUGUUUCCAGGAGAAAUGUCAUCAUUGAUGGGGAUUCAGAUUCAGGGAAGACUUUUCAUGACAUGCUGAAGAAGAGCAGGAGUUCCUCGAAUGUGACAGUUAAGAGGUCCCCAGAGAAAAAGCCAGUGAAGCUUAGUGUGAAGAAUCGGCUGGGUCGGCCUGACAGGGAGCCCCAGCAAGCAAAACCAGUGAAGAUGAGCAUCAAGAACCGACUAGGUGGACAAGGGGCGGGGAAGGAUGAUUCUCCUCCGAGAACAAAUGUUCGGAGUCGGCUAGGGUUGAAUACACCAACUGCAAACCUUGGAGCGAAGUCAUUGACUGAUUUACGUACAGAGAAACUACAGAUACUCCAACAGUUAGCUGAAGUUUCUGCAGAGCCGGAGGAUGAAGAAGAUGAUACAUCUGACAUCCAGAUCAAGUCACUUGAGGAAAUAAAGGCAGAAAAGGCCCGUAAGGCUUUUAACACAAGAGGGCCUGCUUCUGGUGAGCGAGGUUUACAAAAGACAGUAAAAUAUGUUCUUCCGCCAGCUAAACCUGCACCAAAGAGAAAGAUAAUUACAUACUCUGAUGAAAUGUUUGAUGAUACUGAUAAGGAAACCCCUGAGAUGGCAGAACCAGUAGCAGUGUUGAAGGUGAAAACUCUGACGGACAUUAGGGCAGAGAAGGCAAAGAAACAACCUUCUGUCAAGAAGGAACGGCCGAUAUACAUGCCCCCUGCGAUGAAAAACACUGUUAAGACUCUACCAGUGAAGCAGCGUAUAUCAGAUAUUCCAAAGCCUGUAACAAAAGAAAUAGCAAUUUCUGAGGUAAAACCGACCAGCGAUGUAAAGGUGAAGACUUUCUCAGAAAUAAUGGCAGAAAAGCGACGCAGACAACAGGAAUUACGUGCAAAGUUUGAACAAGAAUACAAGCCUGAAAGUCCUAAGCCCAAAGUGUCCUUUACACCUGUUGUGUUUGACAUUGAACAAGAAGAUAAACCUCAAAUAGAAAAUACAGUUUGUGUAAGACCAAGUGCCAAACAAACUCUUUCAGUUAUGCCAAUGAAAAAUAGCAAUACACGAUCAAAAGAGAAUGUGUCAGUGAACAAUAGCAGUGAGCAGAGGAGUGGUGGAAAUGGUCGUCUGUUUGAGGGCCAUGUGUUAAGUUAUAAUGUGUGUGACAAAGUGAAGGACAGAGAGAAGAGUGUUGACAGUGAGCAGAACGAGACUGAAGAGUCAACUCCAGAUGUCUCCCUUCCAAAGAGAAGAACAUCCAGUCAGGGUUCAGACUUGCCUUCAAAGAAGAAAUCAAAGCAGUCGGUCAGCCUUGCUGAAGAUGAUGAUGACUUUUUCUUUGGUGAAGAUUUGGAUGAAUUUGAUGAUGGAGGGAAAUUAGAUGAGGGAGAUAUAUUGCAGGACAUUGAUGAUCUGUUGGCAUAGUUUGCUAUUCUGUCUGCAUAAUGACUCUCUACCUUUUAAGAUAAAUACAUUUAGAUUCUGAUCUGAUUUAACAGUAGUAUAAACAAAGCAAUGAAUGUUGGUGGAAAAAAUGGUAGUUUGUAACAGUAAAAUGAUUUACAUGGUUGAGUUACAGUACUUGUUAUUUAGGAAGGAUUUUAAGUAGUUUCAUGGUCCAAAUUAAAGUUCAUUUUAUUGGUAAUAAGUUUGCAGAUAUUUGUUAUGGGGUUUUGUUUCUUUGGAAUUUUACCCCAAAGUUGUGGUUUUAAUUUGCCCUCACAGUCAGUCGAGUUCAUUGUUACCCAUUGACAUUACCUUCAUCAGUUAAAUGUCACUGCCAGUGAAACUUUGUUUUGUUUGUUUAUAUUUCAUACUGUAUGCCAUAUACAUGAUUUUCAGCAAAGAACAACUAUCUAAAGUUUGAGAUUUUGUCGUGUCAUCAAAAAGAAUUAAGAUCUCAUUGAUUAUAUACAAACAUAUAUAAUGUAUCUGCUAUUGUUUGUACUCAUUAUGUUCCAACCCAGUUUCCUUGCAAGUUCUACACUGGUACGUGCAGUAUUAAGACAUGGGAGAAACUGUUUCACACACAUACUAGCUGUUAAGUUUGAAUUAGUUAUUCUUGUCAAGAGAAGAAUGUUCUGACACCUCAUCUUCUUUUGGCUGUUGGUGCCAAUGCAUGCAUAAGAAGGAUUUAUGUCUUCGUUAAAUGUACAUGUAUUCACAGUGCAAUGUCCUUGGUAUAUCUUGUUUAAUGCAGUAUUGCCUCUGUAAGUGCUAUUUUGUGAUAUAUGUGUAUUUGUGGACCAAUAUAUUUUGAGGAGGGAGAAUUUGGAUUUGAAAAUGAAGGCCUAGACUGGUAUUCAGAGUAUGAAAGAUUUUAUUACUGACAAGAUGUGACAUAUGUACAUAUUGAAAUAAAAUAUUUGUAUAAGA